GCUCGGCUUGGUAUUGAGGGGAACAGGAAGGGGCUGGAGCAGCUGAGGCUGGUGUGGAUGCUGGGGGGAGCGAGGAGAGGCUCUGCGGCUCCUGGAUGGGACUCGAUGCUUGUGAGCCCGGGCUGAGCCGCUGCUGCUCCCCAGCGGGGUCUGUGCGGGGAGCGACCUGCAUUAACCCCGCUCUGUGCCAGCCGGGGGGCGGGACUUUCUGCGGUGGGUGGAACCAGCCCCUGGGGCAGCCCCGGGCUCCGCCGACACCAGCCCCUGAGCCGGAGCCUGCAGGCCGCAGAACAACAUCCACGUUUCACUCCGGAUCAUCCCGUCCUCCUGCGGGCCAGGGCAGGGAAAUGGCUGGAGCGGAGCCGGCUCAGGGACCGGUGACCUUCAAGGAGGUGGCUUUGUACUUCACUGACCCCGGUCAGAGGGCCCUCUACAGGGACGCCAUGCAGGAGAACCAUGCGAACGGGACCUCACAGGGAUCUCCGAUUCCAAAACCCGACACUGUCUCCCAGCGGCAACAAGAGGAAGAGCCGUGGGUCCCGGAUCUCCAAGGCUCUAGGGAAAGGGAGAACCCGAGAGGAGACUGCCCAGCGCAAGGAAUUGACUCUUGUCCAGAUCACCCCACUCGCCUUGGGGAAGUAUUCAGGACCCGCAAAGACUCCCUGUUGCGCAAGGGCCCGCGCCCCAGGGAGAGACUGAACACGUGCAAAGACUGCGGGAAGAGCUUCCGUCGGCGAUCCAACUUCCUGGCCCAUCAGAGGACCCACGGGGGCAAGAGACCCCACCCGUGCGCCGACUGCGGCAAAACCUUUGGCGCCUUCUCCAACCUCCUGCGGCACCAGCGUGGGCAUGCCGGCGAGAAGCCCUACAACUGUCCCGACUGCGGGAAAGGCUUCGGGCACAGCUCGGCCUUGGUCACCCACCGGCGGAUCCACACCGGAGAGAGACCCUACGCCUGCGGGGACUGCGGGAAGCGCUUCAACGUGGUCUCCAACCUGGUGCGUCACCAGCGGGGCCACACGGGCGAAAAGCCCUACAAGUGCCCCGACUGCGGGCGGCUCUGCAGCCAGCGCUCCCACCUGGUCACCCACCGGCGGCUGCACACCGGCGAGCGUCCCUACGCCUGCCCGGAGUGCGGGAAGUGCUUCAACGUCAGCUCGGACCUCAUCAAGCACCGGCGCAUCCACACCGGGGAGCGGCCCUACGCCUGCAGCGACUGCGGGAAACGCUUCAGCGGCAGCUCCAACCUGCUGACCCACCAGCGGCUGCACACGGGGGAGCGGCCCUACAAGUGCCCCGACUGCGGGAAGGGCUUCACCAUCAGCUCCAAGCUGAUCGCCCACCAGCGCACCCACACCGGCGAGCGGCCCUACAGCUGCGCCGACUGCGGGAAGGGCUUCAGCGACCGGCCCCACCUGGCCCGGCACCAGAGCGCCUCCCGGCGCGAAAAGCGCUACACGUGCUCCGACUGCGGGAAGGGCUUUGCCACCAGCUCCUACCUCCUCACCCACCGGCGGAGCCACACCGGGGAGACCCCCUUCAUCUGCGGCGACUGCGGGAAGAGCUUCGCUGUGGUCUCCAACUUGGUGCGGCACCGGCGUAUCCACACGGGAGAGAAGCCCUUCCGGUGCGGGGAGUGCGGCCGGCAGUACAGCCAGAGAGCCCACCUCACCACCCACCAGAGGGUGCACACCGGGGAGCGGCCCUACGUCUGCCUGGACUGCGGGAAAGGCUUCAACGUCAACUCCUCCCUCACCAAGCACCGCCGGACCCACACCGGCGAGAAACCCUACGUCUGCCCCGACUGCGGGAAACGCUUCAGCCAGAGCUCCAAUGUGAUCACCCACCGCAGGAUCCACACCGGGGAGAGGCCCUACAAAUGCUUCGACUGCGGGGAAAGCUUCAACGUGAGCUCCAACCUCAUUGCACACCGGAGACUCCACACGGGGGAGAAACCUUAUACGUGCCCCGACUGUGGAAAAAACUUCAUCGUGAGCUCGCAGCUCACUAUACACCAGAGGAUCCACACGGGAGAGCGACCCUAUCGGUGUCCCGAGUGCGGGAAAAGCUACAUCCAGAGCUCAGCCCUGGUUAAGCAUCGGAGAACCCACAUGGCAGAAAAACCCUACAAGUGCCCCGAAUGCACAAAAAGCUUCACUGUGAGCACUGCCCUCAUUAGGCACCAGAGACUGCACACGGGCGAGCAGUCCUAUAUAUGCCCCGAGUGCGGAAAAAGCUUCGGUGUAAACUCAGACCUUAUCCGACACCAGAGACUGCACACAGGAGAGAGGCCUUAUAAAUGCCUGCACUGUGGGAGAAGCUACACGCAAAGCUCAGCUCUGAUUAGGCAUCAGAGAAUCCAUACAGGAGAAAAGCCUUAUAAAUGCCCCAGUUGCGAGAAGAGCUUCAGCCAAAGGUCAAAUCAGAUUAAACACCAGAGAAUCCACACAGGAGAAAAACCGUAUCGAUGCAGCGAAUGUGGAAAAUGUUUUAGUACCAACUCAAAUCUCGUAACACAUCAGAGGCUCCACACUAGAGGCUAUACAAUGGAGGCGGCAGCGGCAGCGUCUGACCCGGGAAGCCCCGACCCCGAGCAGAGCGAGAGGCAGCGAGCCCAGCCUCCGCCCCCGAGCAGCCUCCGGAGCCUCCUGGUGGCCCCGGCUAAUGAAACCCGCUGCCCGCGGGCUGGGAAGAGGAACGCCGCUCCCCAGCGGGGUGUGUGCGGGGAGAGCCCUGCAUUAUCCCCCUCUGUGCCCAGCCGGGGGCCUUUCUGCGGGGGCUGGACCCAGCCCCGGCCUCUGCCGACACCAGCCCCUGAGCCGGAGCCUGCAGCAGGUGAUGGGAUGGGGAAUGAGAACAAAGUGGGGAAUCCUCCUCAGGAAGGUCCUGAGCAAGUGCAACGGCACAGAGCAUUAUCAGAGAACAUUUCCCACAGUCCUGAGCAAGGAGACACCUGUGAGAGUCAGCACAGGGCAGAGAUGCAGCAGGGAACCCACCCAGGGAACAGACAGGAUAAAUCCACUCACCAAGGGGGCAGUUUGAAAGACCUUAAUAAAGACUUGAUGCAGCCGAGAAUCUGCACCAAAGAUAAACUGUAUCAAUGUGCUGAGUGUGACAGAAGCUUCAAUCGGAGUUCAAACCUUCUUGUCCAUCAGAGAGUCCACACAGGAGAGAAACCCUAUAACUGCUCCAAGUGUGGGAAAAGCUUCAGCGAUGGCUCAGCCCUGACUAAACAUCAGAGGAUCCACACUGGAGAGACACCCUAUGUCUGCUCUGACUGUGGAGAAAGCUUCAAUCAGAGAUCAAACCUUACUGUACAUCAGAGAGUCCACACGGGAGAGAGACCCUAUAGCUGCCCUGACUGUGGGAAACGGUUCACUCACUUCUCAAACCUUGUUAAACACCAGGCAAUCCAUGCAGGAGAAAAACCCCAUAAGUGCCCCAACUGUGGGAAACAUUUCAGGUGGAGCUCACAACUUAUUAAACACCUUGUUUUACACCAGAGACCCGGCAGGGGAGAGGAACCCUAUCGCUGCUCUGACUGUGGGAAACGCUUCAGUUAUAGCUCACACCUUAAUAGACAUCAAAUUAUCCAUACUGGAGAAAGACCCUAUAAAUGCCCUGACUGUGGGAAAAGCUUCAAGCUGAGCUCCAUCCUUCUUGUACAUCAGAGAAUCCACACGGGGGAGAGGCCCUAUCACUGCCUUGAGUGCGGGAAAAGCUUCUGUGACAACUCAGGCCUUAUUAGACAUCGGAGAAUCCACACCGGGGAAACACCCUUUCAAUGUUCUGUCUGUGGAAAAAGUUUCACUCGGAAAUCGCAUCUUAUUUCACAUCAGAGAACCCACACGGGAGAGACACCCUAUAAAUGUUCUGUCUGUGGGAAAAGCUACAAGGCGAAGGUCUCUCUCCUGUCCCACCAGAAACUCCACACAGGAUAGCAUGUGGCACGAGCUCUCCCUGUGAGGCAACGGGUCUCUGCCCUUCCAAAGCAAAGUAUAAAUAUGCAGCAUUUGCAGAUGGUCUGGGUUGGGCCAGCAGUUGGGUGGAUGGUCUGGGUUUCAGUGGGGAGUGGUUGGUGGAGGCCAGAGGAGGCGAGAACACUGGGUAAGGUGGGAGAUGGGUCCUUUCAGGGUCUGGGGACAGCCGGCAAUGGGAUUAGUGGGGAGACAUUUCUGCAGGUUCCCCACACACUGUCCAAUGUAGAAAAAAGGUAAAAAUGCCCCAUUGCAGUUCGCAUCUGAGUUGUCUCUGUAGGUCCUAAGGCCUGUUGGGGCAGCGGCAGGGGGAUUUAUUCAGGGAAGCAGCGAGGGGCCCUGUGGGGCUAUAGUGAUAAAGCAGAGAGCUGCCAGUCUGAAGUGACAGGAUAUCAGAGCAAUUCACAGUUUAUUGGAAUUCUCUUGUAACGCGGCACAGACUCACCACUGCUGUGCCUCCUGCUGGCUUGCUCUGGGAAUUAGCUCAUUCAACUAUGUAGUGCCCUCUGCAGGUGGUGUCUUGCCCGUUGUCUGCUCGGCUGUGUGGUCUCCACCACUGGGCCAUGUGUCGUUCUCUAGACUGCGGUGUCCUCUUCAGGACCCCACCCUCCAACAGUGCCCACUACUCCAUUCUCCCCCCUUCCGGGGUCAUAUCAGCAGUUCUAGUCCACACCUGCCUUCAUGGCCACCUGCCACCCCAAAGUCUAGUCCCUUACCUCAGGGACAAGGUGCAGUCCAUGGGUCCCACUCCCUCAUGGCAAGGUGUGGUGCAAGGGCGGGGACCCAGGCACGCCUACUACUCUGGGCCCCAGCCCAGGGACCCUUGAGUGGCAGCCGCUUGCUGCCUUCCUCCACUCCCCAUCACUGCCUGCCUUCCCUGGGCCACUUCCCCGUAGCCCUAGCACCCACUCAGCCUUUGUUUCAAGGCCUGCAGUCUGGCAGAGUCAGCCAGAGCUCUCACUGCUCUGUCCAGGGUGCCACUCCUUCUACCAAGAGUCAGUCCUCCUCCCUUGCUAGUCAGGGGAGACGCCUCUUUCCGCUGUGCUGCAGCCUUUAUAUAGGGCUCAGCCUGGUCCUGGUUGGCCGCCCACAGGCCCUUUCUGAUUGGCUGCCCAUCUGUGCAGCCUCUCUGGCCUACUUUAACCCAUUUUCUCCUGGAGUGGGGCAGCCACCCCACUACACCUCUGCAGACAGUGUGGGGGAAAUUUUGGAAUUCAUGGUGGAGAUUCCCCAAUGAGGUGGGGUUUUGCACUGUUCCUAUGAGGGCAGUAUGGUAUAAUACGGAGAGUAGGGGGAAUCGGGACACAGGGCCCUGGCUCUGAGAGGGGAGUGAGGUCUAAUAGGUUAGAGCAGGGACGAGUCUGAGCCCUGACUCCUGGGUUCAAUAACCAACUCUGCUAGGUGUCUCCCGGUGUGAUCUUGUACCAGCCACUUCCCCUCCUCUCUGUGCAUCUAUUCUUUCCUCCCUACAACCCACGUAAUAGCAGUCACUCACCUCCCUGUGGAGUUAUGAGAUUGUCACUAGUUACUGUGUAUUCAGUGGCUCAGGAGAAAAGAGGCACCAUGGGAGGAAAGUUGCAUUAUUAUCAUUCCUGUAUUGUAUUAUUAUGAGACAUUCUCCCGUUGCUUGCCGGGUCUCUGUCAGGGGGAGUGUGUUACUGAGCUGAAGGGAAGGGUUUUAGCUAGGUUCCCUUGUCCUUGUUCUCAGGCACAGGCUGUUACACACUCAGAUUAUUCCUGAAACAACUGCCCCAGCCGGGAGUUUCUCCUUGUUUCAGGAUGGUUGGGGAGGGGAGAGGGUCUCGUGUUUUAGGGCAUUCAGCUUUCAGGUUAAUCUGCAUUUCUCAGUGAAGUUUUUACCUCAAUGGGUUUUUGAUUUUCCAAAUAAAUUCCUGGUCAAAUGUU